UGUGGCUAAAGAUUACCGAUCACGCGAGUAUCCCUACUAGAAUGAAAUCAAUUUCAAGUUGGCAAGCUGUUGAAGCUGUCGAAGCUGUGAAAUAUCAAGGUGUCCUCGUGGCGAGCGAUCGGUGAAAUCUAACCUUGCCUCAAGUCCGGUACAUCUAAGACCGACAUACUAGAAAUUCCGCGUCGUUCGUUAGGUCCGGAUCGGGCCACGUUCCGAUCAAUAUACGGCGUAUGGCGUAUCCCCGUACAGAGGACGCGUGCGCGAGCACCGGAGCCGUGGAGUAGGCCGACCCGGGACCCGAGAGAGCCACGAGCACGCACGACGGCGAUGACGACGACGACUCCAGUUACGGCAGCCGGUAGAGAGUACAUACACGUUCACAGCUCACAGCUCACAGCUAUCGUCCGCAAUCCGUCGUAACGUGUGCGUUCACGUAACAGCGCCGCGAAAGACCAACACUUUUCGGCCGAUUAUCAAGCGGAACCGGCGAUUCUCUUCCUCGAUCAAGCUCUCCCUCUCUGGCGAGAGUCUCGAGGAAGACGUAAAGACACCGAGAGUACUACCACACCACCAGCAACAGCCACGAUCGCAAAUCACGACUUAUGCGUCUGUACCGAGCAGAAACAUUCAGGAUAUCAUCCAGAGGGAAAGGAUCGGUGUACAGCAAAGGCGGCGGUAGUAGGACAUUGUCCAAGCGACUCGUAAACGGCAACAUCAUCUCCUUCGCACGGUAUAGUCGUUUGUUGCGUGGAACCUGUGAGUUAACCAUUCCAACCUGGUACCCAGGCUUUCUUAGGGGCACAAGCAACGGACAGGCAGCGUGUAUGAUCAUUGAAGACUAUCCCCCUCUGCCUACUAAACCGAGGCAAUACCUUCAUCAAGAUACCACCCAACGAUUUCUGAACCACCUGGUCCUGCCUAAGCACAGGACCUCAAAAUUUUCCAGUAAUAGGCAUCGGAAGCUACAGCCUUUCAGAGAAACGUGACUGACGUCAGUGGGUAGUGCGGCAAAUCUUACCGCAGACGACAAAAAUCACCCUGACUCGACACGUUACGAGCUACCAUCGGGUAGCCAUUGCCUG